GUGGAGUUUCCCUUCUCUCUCUCACUCGCAGAUCUGAGUUAGGGUCACUGCAGUUGGGUGUUGCCACUCCCUUCUCCAGCUGGUAUCCCCAACGAUCCUCACUGAAGCCUCCUGACUAAACCUGCAAAUUUACACCUUCUGCUAAAGUUUUCCCGAAACAUCCAAAUGGACCAGCACAAGCUUCGCUCAGCAGGCGUUCAGGAGAAGUUGGAGAUCAUCGGGGUGGAAGAUGAGGCCGGCAACCCCAUCAGUGCCCUCACCAUCCUAUCUCUGCUGGAGCGCGUCGCCGGCAUCAUCGACAAUGUCCAGUCUUGCCAGCAGCGCAUGGAGGAGCGUCAGCUGGAGUUGGAGAACAACAUCAAAACCAUCCAGGGCGAUGUCCUGAAGCUGGCUAAGGACCACAGCGACACCAGCGGCACUGUGGAGAAGCUCCUGCAGAAGACCCGCAAAGUGAGCGCCAAUGUCAAGGAGGUCCGCAGUCGUGUUGAGAAGCAAAAUGUCAGAGUCAAAAAGGUGGAAUCAACGCAAGAUGAGCUGCUCACCCGCAACAAGUUCAGAGUUGUCAUCUACCAGGGUGAAACGGAGGUUCCAUCAGUGGCUGUCACCAAAUCGCCCAAAGGACUUGGCCUUGAAGGUUUGGAGAUUGAGCCCGAUGCCUACGACAUCCCUGCAGACCUCUCCUCUGAUGAAGAAUACCUGAGGGACGAGGAGCCUGAUCCCUCACGAGCUGCACGGAUCAAGAAAUCCAUGGUAAAGAGCACUGAGACCCUGAAGGCUGCAUUUUCCAAAGAAAACAUGAGCAAAACUAAAGACAACCUAGGCACCAAGUUCCACCACCUGGGCGAGAAGGUCAUGCCUCCAGAGAGGAGGGAGAAGAUGCACCAGGCAGGGGAGAGGCUGAAACAGUCCGGCGAGCGUCUGAAGGAGAACAUCGCCAAGAAGGCUCCGAACAAAGAGACCUUCCGAAUCAAGCUGAAGAAAGAGAGGGCCGUCGCUGAGGGCCAGGAGGGAGCCGACGCAGAGGGCGAGCUGGCCGAUGCCAAAGAGGAGAAGCCUCAGAGCUCUACGGAAACUAAAAGGGAGGGACCGGUGGAGGAGACCGGUGCCACCAGAGUACCAGAAUAGCAGAAAACUUCUCUAAAUAGGAACCAGGACACUGGAGGAAGGAGCUUUGAGAUUUUAGAUGGUUGUUUCAAUGAGUAAAGUUCAAGAGGAAGGGGCAGAAUCUUAGAGAAAAAGUUAUGAAAUGUGUGAACUCAAGCAAUCAGAUGUUGGGUUUUUGUUCUUUUAAACAUCUAAAACUGUGAGAACUAAUCAAGAUUGUGGUUUGGUGGGAAGUUUCUCAAUAAGUUGAAUUUAUCUGAAGGAAUUGGAGAACAGAUGCUGCAUUAUUGCAACAUGAUUGAAGGAAAAUUGAUGAGCUUGGAAAGAAUAAUGAAGGUUGGUGCUUGCAUAAAGGCCCUGUCACACCUGGAUGGUUUAGCCAGCAUAUGCCCGACAUACGAAAAAUCUGGCAAAAAUGCUGGCAUACGUUUGAUACGUUACGGAGACAUUUUGUAUAAGUUAUGAGCACGCUGAAGAACGCUGAAAAUCGCUGGAAUGCGUUGAUAUACGGCUACUACGUCGGGAAAUUUUUAGUAUGCCACCUUAUGCCAUACAUAGGGUAUAAGUUACAGGUAAGUUAUCUGAUUGUUGACACACGUUCAGUAUAUGGUAGGUUACGCAUAAGUCAUGCCGUCUAGCUUAUCCAAAUGCUAUGACUAACUUAUGCAUAACUUAUCAAGAACGUAUCUCCAACACAUGAACGUAUUUGACGUGUUCCAGACCUUACGCUGAACGAGUUUCCAACUUAUAGCUACUGUUUAAUGGAGUAUUGGCAGCGUUUGGGUAUAAAAGGGGUUCAAAGGAGGAAAGCGUCAGUUCCCCCCCUUCAGUGUGGAUCCCCGUCAUAGGGUAAGCGAGAAGGUGAGUGUGAUGGUCACGACCAACAAACUUCCUAGCAGACAUGACACUGAAUCUGCGGCAACUACAAACCUUUUUUCUUUUUAUUCUUUUUGUUUUGGCAGGCGAUUGAUAUCACGAUCAAAGAAAUCUUUUUAUGCAGGCAGGGCGCCUCCUGGUGCUUUGCUGCCCCCCUCAGGACACUGGCUUGUGACAUUUCAUGGGCAUUACGCUGCCGUGCGUUAUGCAUAAAUUAAGCUGUUGUUGGAAAUACGCUCAGUUCAUUAUGAAUACUCUAUGUAUACAACCAAAAUUGAAAAAAUACACAGAGUUCAGCGUAUGCCAGCGUUUUAGGAGAUUCUGGGACGUCAGGCAUAUGCUGGCUAAAUCGGCAAGGUGUGAAAGGGCCCUAACAGUUUUCUGUCUAAAUGUACGAAAUCCUGUACAAACCUCAGGUUUUGGAGGGUGAAAUUGGCUUCAGCUGGUCUGAUGUCAGACCGGUUUCUGUCUGUAAACUACAUCGACCUUAGCUUUAGGAAAACAAAUGACAAAAUACAAAGAGAUUUAACAACCAAGAAGUUGAAAUACCAUUCAUAUCACUUUGUUAAAUAAAGGUGCUGCUAUAAGCAAUGUGCUUGUAAACAGGAAGAUGUUAACAUAAAAACUUAUUUUUUGAUUUAAUGAUGCACCAAAAUAAAAUUUCCCAUAGUUUUAUUAAGAUUUUUGUGACAAGAACUGUUAGAAAAGUUCAACUUUAGAGUAACACAUCCCACUGUGGAGCAGCAGUGACCCCAUGCUGACUGUAAUUAUUCAUCUGGAAAUCAACAGCUUUAAUUUUAGCUUUACAUGAUUGUUAAAAUCAUGGCUCCUUUCAAUGACUUGUUUUUUUUUUUUUUAAGUGCUUCCAGAACACUGUGUGAAUUCACCUGACAUGAUUACUGAGUUCACCGCUUUGAUUGGACGCUUUCUAAUCUUCAGUCAUCGAAUUCUCCAAACCCAUCCGCAGUCUAACUCCUUACAUUAGGAUAAAAUCUUUCUAUGUGAUAUCAUAUUCCUGUUUUUUAUACUGCUGCCAUUCAUCUUCUGCAGUAGAAAGUUAUUUAGGUUUGAUUAUUUUCUAAUUUUUUGAUCACAUUUUAGAUUCAACAUCUUUUCUGUUUUUAUUAUAGUUAAUCAGAAAAUCCAAAAUUCUCAGCGUCUCUUUCACUGUAUUUUUUCUGUUUUGAUUUUGUAUAAAUACAUGUCACCUGACAGAUCAAAAAAUAAAGCUGUGUUAUGCGUUUCUUUUUGUAACAGAUUCAUUUUAUUUCUAACAGAUCUCUUUUUGAAAAGAGAAAAAAAAAAAGACCAGAAAAAUUGGAUUAUAAAAAGCUGCAUCUUAGAUCUGAGCGGCCAUUCAACCUCUAUGUUUAGUGUCACCUACAGUAGUGGUUAGAAGGCUGCUGAGUUUCUCAUUCAUUGUCCAGUUUCUAUUAUCACUCUCCUUUCCAUUUGUUUGGUUCUUUGUAUGUUUCUCGAUUGCUUUAAGAGGUUGUCUGGCUUGUUUGCUCUGUUAUUUAUUUGGUUUUUGGUGGUUUUAAACAGCUUGUUUAAUUUUUUAAUCAUUAGGUUAAUGUAUUAGUUGCCGUUAUUUGCUUUAUUCCUCUCUUUAAUCAUGAUCUCCUUUAAUUUACACAAGCUAUAAAAUCAAAUGAUGUAAUAAAUUGGUCUUCCUCUU